AUGGCGACGCCAGCGUCAACAGCCGAGCUCGACGCUCUCCUCCAGACUCACGUCAGCGAGCCCAUUGCGCCCGAGAAGCUCUUCCCAAUCCUCUCCACUGCGCCCUUUAUCCCCUCCAAGACGCUCAUCAACGCUCGCGACGUUGGCGCCGUGCCCGGCAGCAAGAUCCCUCCUGGGCGCGUUUUCCGCUGUGGCACCCUCGAAUAUGCCGGCCAGGACCCCGACACGGUGGCCUGGCUCAAGGGCAACGUGCGCCGCAUCUUCGACUUGCGCAAGCCAAUUGAGCGAGAACACGGCCCUGACCCCGAGAUUGAGGGGGUCGAGAAUGUCUGGUUUCCUGGGGCUCAAGAGUACAAGACGCCGAGCCUGGCCGACUUCGCCAAGGGCGACGGCAGCGCCGCUUGGAAGGACCAGUACAUGGCUGUUGCACUGACCUAUGCGCCGACUUACAAGGCGGUGCUGGAGCACAUCAGGGACAGGCCUACAGAGCCGUUUCUCUUUCAUUGCACAGCCGGGCGUGACCGCACUGGAGUCCUCGCCGGUCUGCUCCACCACCUCGCCGGCACGGCCACCGACGAUGCCAUUCGUGACUAUAUGCUUUCCCGCGUCGGCACCGAAGUCGCUCGUGACAAGCUUUUAAAGUUUGCUUUGGCCAGCGUUGGCACCGCCGACAUGGAGACGCCUGGAUUUUACAACCUCGUUGAGCUUCGGCCACAGUAUUGGACCGCGUUUCUCGAGGGCCUUGAGGAGAAAUUCGGCGGCUGGGAUGGCUACAUCACCAAGGGCUUGGGGAUCUCUGAAAAAGAUCUUGAUACCAUAAAGAAGAACAUUCGCUCUUGA